UUACGCUCCGCGCUUGGCGCACGGCGUUGCGCACCAUAGUCUCAGCGCUUGUCCUGGGUCCGUGCUACUCCAUAAAUUGGGAAGCAAGGUUGCGAAAUCGGGAGUGAUUAGCAGAGGGUAUCAAAGGAUUGCGGCAAGCCGUCAGCCAGAACCCAGCAAGAUUGAGAACCAACAUGCGCACGCAUCCCCGACCAAUUUUGGCGCAGCCACGCGGUAUGACCCUUCCCGCGGUCCGUAGCGCGGCGGCGCAAGCGCAGAAAGCUCGGAAGCCCCUCCGCUAUGGAACCCGACGGGACCUACGAGCCCGGCUUCGUGGGUAUUCGAUUCUGCCAGGAAUGUAACAACAUGCUGUACCCCAAGGAGGACAAGGAGAACCGCAUUCUGCUGUACGCGUGCCGGAACUGUGACUACCAGCAGGAAGCCGACAACAGCUGCAUCUACGUCAACAAAAUCACGCACGAAGUGGACGAACUGACCCAGAUCAUCGCAGACGUGUCGCAGGACCCCACGUUGCCGCGGACGGAGGACCACCCGUGCCAGAAGUGUGGCCACAAGGAGGCAGUGUUCUUCCAAUCACACAGUGCCCGAGCUGAGGCAGCAGCCAGUAUAUCAGGUUGUGCGGUGUAGCAUGCGAUGCUGUGCGUAAGCAUCAGGCCGAGAGCUGGUGAAGCCGCAGUCUUCACACACGUGCAGCUUCUCCCUGCGCUCCCGGUAGGCGUAGCUGGCUGGCUGCCCAUGGACCUUGGCAAGAUGAGCUUCAAGGGAGCAGCGCUGCGUGAAAGCUUUUCCACAAGCUCCACAGCGGAAUGGCCGUAUUCCUGUAAAGAUGAGGGGCAGAGAGGGCAACGGUCCUGGACUAUAGGCUUCCCACCUUGCCUUUCCUGUCCUUAUUCCAAGCUGGGCAGGCGCUUACAUUCAUGGCCCACCAGCCAUCUGCUACCCCUUCCUAAAGCAACAUGAACCAGCCCUUUGUCUCCUCCAUUCCUCACCAGGAAGCUCCCGAGAAAGGGAGGAGCCCUUAGCAACUUGGAAAGUUUCCUUGACUGCUCUGAAUCUGGAUCCUGAAAAUUUACUUUGUUUUUGUUUUUGUUUUGAGAUAGAGUCUCUGUGUGUAGUCUUGGCUGUCCUGGAUCUUGCUCUGUAGACCAGGCUGGCCUCAAACUCACAGAAAUCUACCUGCCUCUGCCCCUCAAGUGCUGGGAUUAAAGGCGUGUGUCACCAAA